CUUUUCUUAGCCUCUCAGUUUUUCAACCUUUGACCUCUUUCAUUCCAAUCAAUUGAAAAAUCAAUCACAAUCACUUUCGUCUUCUUCCAUUGCUCAUACCAAUUUCGCGUUUGCUUUUUUUUUUUUCGAAUGGGUCCCACCCCAUCGUCUAUCAGUUUUAUUGGGCCCAAUUAAUUGGUCCUCUUUUUCGUUGAUAUCAUUCGAAGUUAGCUUCUUUUUUCUCUUCUGUCCUUCUAGAUUUGAAUUGCAUUAAUUAACUGGUUUCAUCGUUUAGAGUGAGUCAGCAUAGUUGCCAAGAAUAGUAGUGGUGUUUUUUUGUGAAGAUGGUACUGGGAAUAAGAUCAAAGAGUAAAAAAAGUGUUUCAAUCCAAGUUCACUACAUCAUCCAUGUUCAGGAGAUCAAGCCAUGGCCCCCUUCACAAUCACUGAGAUCAGUUCAAACAGUACUACUGCAAUGGGAAAAUGGAGAUCAAAAUUCUGGGUCCCUACCAUCCACUGCUGGCAAUGGGAAAAUUGAAUUUAAUGAAUCUUUCAGGCUUUCAGUUCUUAUGUGUAGAGAAGCAUCCAAGAAAGGCAAACACCGUGAAACUUUCCAGAAGAACUGCUUAGAGUUUUACUUGUAUGACAAGACAGUAAAGAGUCAACUGUUGGGAUCAGCCACAAUAAACCUUGCAGAUUUUGGAAUUAUUAAGGAAACUAAAGCCUUAAGCAUUCAGUUUAACUGCAAGAAGAGUUCCAGGAUUUCUUCACAGCCAUUUCUUUAUGUUAAUAUUCAGCCAUUUGAUAUAGAGAGUUCCAGCUCAUCACCAAGCAGCAGCUUGUCAAAAGAAUUGUCACUAGAGAAGGAAGGAAGCGAAUCUGUAUCACAAUCACUAAAAGAUGAUGACAAUCUUGAAAUUGCCUCUUUUACUGAUGAUGACAGUGAUGACAUCCCUUCAAAUACCUCCCAAACUAGCAGACCUGCUUCAGAGAUUACUGGAGACAGCACCAAAAUCAGCAGAGGAACAGAAGGAUCUCAUGGAGAAUUUGUUCUACCCUCAGAAAGUACUACUGCUAGCUUACUUGGAAACGCAGAGGGUGAACCAUCCACACAAUCCAGUGGCAUCAUAUCUCCCUCUUCGUCUAUGGUUCUGAGCUCAGAUGUGGGAAAUGCUUCCCAUGGAAGGCCUUUAUUACCUAAAAUUUCCGAGGAAAGUGUCAAACUUGCUGAUGCAAGUUCUGAAAUUCGAAAAAGCAUUCAACAAUAUUCUCCUUCAUACAUUUCAUCUAGUAGUAAACCAAACUUUGAAAGAUCUUUACGGUCUCAAGUGACUCAAGAGGAUAGCAUGACUCAAGAAGAUGGCACAAGAGAUCGGAGAUUUAAUAAAGAUUCUCUGGAGAAAGUUAGCGGUGUUUCUAAAACUGGAGUUAUGGACGACAAAGAGAAAACGAAGGAGGGAAGGAAAGGACAAGAACAGUUUACUAUGAGGAAUGAACUUUUAGAAAAUGAGCUCGUUAAUAAUUUAUCUGACGAUGAUUCUACAAAGAAAGGGAAAUUCAAUAGUACUACUCAUUUGCUAAACAAGAAAUUACAUGAUCAUCCAACAAGUAUUUUGAUGAAUGAUAAAACAGAGGACGUGACAAAUGUAAAAUCUCCUCCACAAUCUGCUGAGAACUAUGGGCUGUUCAUCAGCAGUCAGACCCAUAAUCAGGCCGAGGAAAUUAAUACUAUGAAUGAUGUUCAUGUUGGUACUGCUUGCCAUGAAGACGUUAAUGUGAAUGGAAGCUUUCAUAACAAUGAAACUGAAUUGAAGGCUGAGGUUGAAAUGCUUCGAGAAGAGCUGAGGGAAGCCGCUGCUCUUGAAGUUUCAAUGUACUCAGUUAUUGCUGAACAUGGUAGCUCAUCAAACAAGGUCCAUGCACCUGCUCGGCGCCUUUCUAGAUUCUAUUUCCAUGCUUGUAGAGUUGGGUCCCCAGCUACAAUGGCUACUGCAGCCCAGAGUGCUGUCUCGGGAUUUGUUUUGGUUUCUAAGGCAUGUGGAAAUGAUGUUCCAAGGUUGACAUUUUGGUUCUCAAAUUUAAUAUUGCUGAGAGCAAUUGUGAGCAAAGAAGUUGAGAAUAUACACUUUGGUGAUGGUCCAUGCAUCAACAGUGAAAGUGAUGGAACUGGUAACACUCUUCACAAAGAAGAAAAAGACAAUACAGAAAAACAUUUUCAUAGAUGGGAAGAUCCAGAAACAUUUUUAGUUGCAUUGGAAAAGGUUGAAGCAUGGAUAUUCUCUCGAAUUGUUGAGUCUGUGUGGUGGCAGACUCUUACACCAUAUAUGCAAUCUGCAGCUGCUAAGAACUCUAGCUCUAGGAAAGCCUAUGAGAGAAGAUAUCGUGUUGGUGAUCAAGAUCAGGGAAGUUUUUCUAUUGAUUUAUGGAAAAGAGCUUUCAAGGAUGCAUGUGAAAGGAUUUGCCCUCUUCGAGCUGGAGGGCAUGAGUGCGGCUGCUUGCUAGUGAUAGCUAGAUUGGUAAUGGAGCAGUUGGUUAGUAGACUUGAUGUGGCAAUGUUCAAUGCUAUUCUUCGUGAAUCCGCUGAAGAGAUGCCCAUGGAUCCUAUAUCAGAUCCCAUUAGUGAUUCUAUGGUUCUUCCUAUUCCAGCUGGAAAAUCAGGCUUUGGGGCUGGUGCACAACUGAAGAAUGCUAUUGGUGACUGGUCAAGAUGGCUUUCAGAUUUAUUUAGCAUUGAUGAUAGUGACUCUCGUGAAGUUAGCAAUGAAAACAAUGAAUCCAAAUGUGAAUCAUCCUUCAAACCUUUCCAAUUCCUUAAUGCUUUAAGUGAUUUAAUGAUGCUUCCAUUGGACAUGCUUGCAGAUGGGUCCAUGAUAAAAGAGGUUUGUCCUAAAUUUGGUAUAUCAUUAAUAAAACGAGUUGUCUACAAUUUUGUUCCCGAUGAAUUCUCCCCAGGGCCUAUCCCUGAUGCUGUGUAUGACGCCCUGGACAACGAGGAUAUUCAGGAUGGUGAAGGGGCCAUUACAAGCUUUCCAUGUCCUGCUGGUUUCACGCUCUAUGCACCACCUCCAGCUUCUUCGGUUGUGGGCAAGCUACAAGAAGUGGGAAACAAAACUUCACUAAGAACUGGGUCAUUUGUGCUCAAAAAGUUAUAUACCAGUGAUGAUGAACUUGAUGAAUUGGAUUCACCACUUUCUGCUCUUGGUAUGGAUGACUCAUCACUUUCAUCCAAGGAAAAGCUUGCACUAGUUAAGGGAGGCCGCAAGGUUGUACGAUAUGAGCUCUUGCGAGAAGCGUGGAAGACUAGUGAAUGAUGUUCCUAUCAAUGUUUUUUCUUCUUGUAUAUAAUAUGUAUCUGAAAUUUAGCCCAAUAUAUUUUGUAUUUUUUAAAAAUAAAAAUCUUGGCCUUACAAUCUUGUACUUUUUAUACCCAUAAAAGUUGAAGGAAGUUCCUGUAGUUUUUUUAUGUUUUCUUCCAAGACAACUACUACUCUGGCAUAUUCCACAUCUUAAUAGAGUUUUUUUUUGGGAGGCAAA